AUGGCCUCUAUUCGCGUUCUUUCCUUCGAUGCUGAGGGCCAUCCGGUGCAGUUCACUUCCUGGCUCGACGACCUGCAGUUGUAUCUUAUGAGCAAUAGCACGGACCACAUCUCCCUCUAUGACUACGCGUCUGGUGCUGCCGCUGCUCCUGCUGCCACAGCCGAGCUUAGUGUUCGUUCCCACUGGCAGACUCGUGACGCAGCUGCUCGCCUAGCCAUUCGCAGUCACCUGCCGCUAGCUGAGCUCGAGCAUUUUGGCGACUGCAAAUCCGCUAAGGCCCUGUACGAUGCUGUCGUUGCUCGCUACUCCUCGCCUGCCACAGCCGAGCUUAGCCGCCUCAUGCUGCCGUACCUGUUCCCCGAUCUGUCCACCUUUACUACAGUCGCCGAUCUUAUCACCCACCUUCGCACUAGUGAUGCUCGCCUGCGUGCCGCCCUUCCCACCGAGUUCUGCGCUAAGAACCCCCCUCCACUGUACUGGACACUCCACUUCAUAGUCACCCGUCUCCCUGACACCCUCCGCUCAGUUCGAGACCACUUCCUUGCUCGCUGUCCCACUGAGCUCACAGUCGCCCUCCUAGAGGAGCACCUGCUUGCGGCCGAAAAGAGCAUUGUAGCUGUCGGUGCUGCUCGUGGCGCUCCUCGCACCCCCAUCUUUGAGGGGUGUUCUCCCUCUCCCCUCGCUCCCUCCUACGCUGCUGCUGCUGCUGUUGACUUCCUUGGUGCUGACUCCCAGCAGCAGCAGCGUCCCCAGACGACCCAGCAGCUUCGUGAGUGGCUUGCUCAGCGUGGGACGUCGGGGGGCAGUGGCCGCUGUUCUUAUGUCAUUCGCACAGGUGACCGCAAGGGACAGACGUGUGGGAGGUUCCACACCCCGUACCGCUGCUUCUCCCGCCUUGACGACGCUUGGCGUGAGGAGAUGGGUGCGGAUGUUGAGCGCCCCCGCUGGGCUGAGCUCAUGAGGGCUGGUGUUGAUGUCUUUGCUCUUGACUAUGAUGCUAUUAUUGCUGCCAUGUAUGCAUUGACUGUUAGUGCCGAGGGAGACUGUUACUUGUGUGUAUGCAUUGACUAG